GAACAUUCCACGCCCAAAGAAUACCAUCCACGAGACUACCGGUGCCGCUUCAUGUGAGGCUUUGGUGGGGGAGUCACUCAUAAAUAUCGACCAUGCCACAACCACUCAGCUCGAAAGAGAACUCUCUCUUUCGGCAGGUCAUCCGCAACUAUGAAGACAAACAGUACAAGAGGGGCUUGAAGGCGGCCGAGCAGAUCCUUAAGAAGAACCCUAAGCACGGUGAUACGAUGGCCAUGAAAGCAUUGAUCAUCAACCAACAGGGCAAGACGGAGGAAGCAUUCGCGUUAGGAAAGGAGGCCUUAACAGCCGACAUGAAAUCUCACAUAUGUUGGCAUGUUUAUGGAUUGUUAUACCGACACCAGAAAAACUUCGAGGAGGCUAUCAAGGCCUACAAGUUCGCCCUGAAACUGGAACCCGAAUCCCAUCAGAUCCAGAGAGACCUUGCCUUCCUCCAAGUUCAAAUGCGCGACUAUCAAGGCUACAUACAUAGCAGAACCUCUAUGCUUCAGGCCAGGCCCCAGUUAAGGCAGAACUGGACUGCGCUUGCAGUUGCGCAGCACCUAGCUGGUAAUCUUUCCCAGGCCGAAAAGGUCCUGACUACCUACGAAGAGUCCUUGAAGGUACCACCGUCCAAGACCGAUUACGAGAACUCGGAGGCUGUUAUGUACAAGAAUUCUAUAAUUGCCGAGAUGCAGGACUACCAGAAAGCCCUGGAUCACCUAGAGUCCGUUGCAAAGUAUAAUCUUGACCGCUUAGCCGUCAUGGAACUCCGUGCCGAGUAUCUGUCGAAACUAGACAGAAAGGAAGAGGCAGCAGACGCCUAUCGUGCCCUACUGGAUCGUAAUCCGGAACAUCCCGACUACUACACCCGCCUUGUGAAUGUUUUAGGCAUUGAUUCUAGCGACUAUGCAGCUAAAAGGGCUAUAUACGAUGAAUACGCGGAAAAGAACCCUCGUUCCGACGCUGCUAAACGAUUACCCCUAGACUUCCUCGUCGGUGACGAUUUCCGAGAAGCAGCCCAAAGCUACUUAACACUGAUGUUAGAUAAGGGGGUUCCUUCAACCUUUGCAAAUCUUAAGCAUCUCUAUACUGAUUCAUCCAAACGAGAUACUCUCGGGUCCUUAGCCCACGAGUAUCUCGAAUCAAAACGUACUUCUUCCGGCGAGAAUAUAACCGCGAAUGGAGAUGCAUUAAAGGGGGAGCCAGCAGCAUUGUACUACCUUGCGCAGCAUUACAAUUACCAUCUAAGUCGUGAUCUCGCGAAGGCGAUGGAAUUCGUUAAUAAGGGGAUCGAAUUAUCACCUGACAAUGUCGAAUUCCAUAUGACCAAGGCCAGGAUAUGGAAACACUACGGCAACAGCCAAAAAGCUUCGGAGACUAUGGACCAGGCACGUCAACUUGAUCUCAAGGAUCGAUACAUCAACACCAAGGCGGCGAAAUACCAACUUCGAAACAACGAGAGUGAGGCUGCUUUGAAGACGAUGGGUCUUUUCACGAGGAAUGAUACAACUGGUGGUCCUCUGAACGAUCUACUGGAAAUGCAGAGUGUGUGGUACCUGACAGAAGACGGGGAAGCAUGGGUGCGCAACAGAAACAUCGGGCUGGCCCUCAAGCGAUUUCAUUCCGUCUACAAUAUCUUUGAGGUAUGGCAAGAGGAUCAAUUUGACUUCCACAGCUUUUCAUUGCGAAAAGGCCAAAUCCGUGCAUACGUGGAUAUGAUUCGAUGGGAGGACCAUAUUCGUGAGCAUCCAUUCUACACCCGUGCCGCCCUCGGCGCCAUUGCGAUAUACGUGAGUAUGUAUGAUAGCACUCAGGCGAUCAAUGGCGUAGGUGGAUCUGCGGGCGCCAACGGAGACGACGCCGCGGAAAGGAAGAAAGCUGCCAAGAAAGCCAAGAAGGAGGCGCAAAAAGCCGAGCGAGAAGCAGUCGAGAGAGCCGCCAAGCAGGACCCUAACAAAUCAAAAGCCUCCGCUGAGCCUAUCAAGAGGGAUGAUGACCCUCAUGGAUUCCGACUCGUUUCGACAACCGAGCCCUUGGCCGAAGCGACAAAAUUCCUCGCCCCUAUUCUUCAAUACAGUCCUAAGUACAUCGAUGGGCAAAUUGCCGGUUUCGAGGUUUUCAUUCGAAGAGAAAAAUACCUCCUCGCCCUUCGAUGCCUGAAUGCCGCAUUGGUAAUAGAUCCAGAUCAUCCCGCAGUCCACGAACAGGUUGUCCGAUUCCGUCAAAUUCUCAACGAGAAGCUCGGAUCUCUACCUCCCAAGGUUGUUGAAGUAUUGAAGUCUGGAUUCACCGCCAUAGACGCCUCGGCAGACCUCAAGAAGUUCAAUGCCGAUUUCCAUGAAAAGCAUAAGGACAGCGCUGAACACGUUAUCUCCCAUUUCAAGAUAGAGAGGUUGCUAGGAGAAGACAAGACAAAGAACGAGAAGGAUCUCGCGGGAGUCCUCAACCUGAAGGAUAUCCAGUAUGACCAGGCAACAGAAGCUCUGGCUCUCUUGGAGCAAUGGCGCAGUAAUGAGGCUGAAGCUUUUAAGAAGGCAGCCCAUGAGAAGUGGCCGGAGGUUACCGCAUUUGCGUGAUAGAUCCUCAACAGGGGGCACGCCGUAUUAUGAAACGAUUCGGCAUUUAUCAUCCCUCGUCAUCUUUCCAUUAUUUCAUCUAUCAUCGGACCCCUUUCACGAAAGCAUGAGGAGGAUCAGGGCGACAGACAAU